AUAUUCAAGAAUCAUCAGAACUAAAGUAGCUACUGCUGACACUUCAUCUCCUAAGCAAUUCAGAGGAACUUCCAGCAGAGAGAGAAAUGGCUUCAGUUUUACCAGUGCUACUUUUUUGCCUGUUUCUUCAGUGCAUAGCAUCUGCCUCAUGGCAGUUGUGCAUGCUAGAAAAUGCUACCUCUGGAGGCUCAUUCAAUUUAACAGUUUCCCCAAAAUACUACAAACCAAAUCAAACAUACAAAGUUACCAUUAGUGGAAAUGGCACUGAUGUUAGGGUGGCUCUCUCAGCUUCCUAUAACAACACGGGCAUUGGGAAUUGGACAAAUAAUUCCCCGGAAUGUACAGGAAUUUAUGUUUCAAAAAACCUAACAUUCACUGAAAUGUGGCAGUCACCUGAAAACAUGGAUCUGCAGGUCAAUUUCAGAGCCUAUAUCAUGAUUGGAAAUAUGACAUAUGUCAUGAAUAAAAUCAUCCAAGCAGCUCCUUUGAUCGCCACAGUUGGCAACAUGACUUAUGCUCCAACAACAAUGUAUAGCAAUAUGACCACAGCUGGCAAUAUGACCACAGCUGGCAAGAUGACCACAGCUGGCAAGAUGACCACAGCUGGCAAGAUGACCACAGCUGGCAAGAUGACAUAUUCAUCAACGGCAAGGAAUAGCAAUUUGACCACAACUGGCAAGAUGACAAAUGCUCCAACUGUCAAGAGUACAUCAAGUGCCAAUGCCUUCAAGCCACUGGGUGGAUUUGCUAAUAUGCUCUUGCUAUUUAUUUCAGUUCGAGAAUUGCUGUUGUAAAAGGUUUGAAAUGUUGACCUUCCCAAUUCCUAUCAACACGGUUUGUCAUUACCAUUUGAAGUCAGCAAGGCUCCGAAACCAUUCCAAGUCUUUUCUACAUAAAAAAAACUAAGUCCUUUUCCUUUGCUGUUUCAACCUUAAGGGACCAAAAUUGGGAAAUGUAUUUUUCAGAAACUUUUGCUUUCUUUUAGAAAAGAAGUUUGAAUAUUUGCCACAAUCACGAAAAUUGUUCUCUGCUUCUCACUGUCUCAAGUUCCACUGGUGGCCAUUUCAAACAAGUUCAGUAGAUCACAUUCUACUUCUUAUUGGACUUCUAUACAGGGAUGUAAAUAAUAUAAACAAGACUAUUAUUUAAAUAAUAGUCUUGUUCUACAUAGAGUUGAAUUUUAUUGGAAAUAUAUAGGCAAGUCCUUCAGAAUGUCAAUAUGGGUCUUUAAUUUUUUUAGUUCUUAUUCAUGAUUGAAUUCCACAUCUUUUCCGAUCCUUUCUUUUUGUAUUUGCUUUGAUAUUUCUAAGCUUGGCUGCCUACAGCAUCACAAUUUGAAUAUUCAACACCUUCAAUGUAGAGGUACUGCCAAAAUGCCUCAGAUGUUUUGGGCCAGCCAUUCAAUUGCUUGACUUUUUUAAAUGUAGCUUUGACAAGCGGUUGCACUGUAACCCUUGACCAACUAGCAUUUUAGUAGUCAAAAAUAAACACAAGAAAAGCCUCACUACUUACACUUUUAAAAUAAAAAGCAUGUUUCUUUGGAUUCUAUUCCAUCCUGCAGAUUAUAAUUAAUGUCUGUUGGAUUCAUGGUGCAAUAAUGUUCAAUUACCACAGGUUUAUUGUGCAAUGCCAGUAGAUUAUGUCAAUAGAUUUAUCAUUGGAGUGAUACUGUUACGAGAACUACAGUGAUGACCACUGGUUUCCAAUCUAACCAUUAUUCCAAUAUACUUGAACUGCAAACAUUCAUCAAAAUGAUCAAUAAAAGUAUGUCACAUUUUUGUUUCCUGGCAAUUAAAAUAUCAUUGGAUUGUUAAUGUUCCUAAAACUUCAGGGGAAAUGGUCCAAUAAUUGUGCAAUUGACAAUCAUUUAGCUUUUAUAAAAUAUCUUGCUCCACUUAAUCUUGAGUAUUGCAAACUACAAAUCCUUUGCAAAAGUGCCAACAGCCAAUUGGCAGACUUGCUGCUAUUGUGCUAGGUUUGACAUGGUUUCACUAGUAAUGUAAACUUAGAAAUCAUAUUACUGUACAAAGGUUUAACAUGUGCUUGCCAAAUUCCUGCAUCUACUAUUUUGAGGUCACAGCCCAUUUAUUUUAAGUGAGUGUAUGGCAGCAUUAAUAGCAGACAGAAGAAUUUGAUCCAAAUGUUUAAUUCAUCUAUUAAUAUUAUUCAACAUAACUCCCAAUCUAAUCACUCUUUAUAAUUCCCAAACCAUCGAACUUCUUCCAAUUAUUCAAAGUAACAAUCUUUAUUCUCUGAUCCCAAAGUUAAAUGGCUUCCAAUCAUAAAAGGUAUCAUUGAUCCUAAAUGAUAAUUAUCAAUUACUGUUUUGGUUUCUCUGUUUACAUAUUUAACCUCACUUCAUAUCUUCAAUCAAUGUUUUACUCACCUUUAAUUAAAUAUUUAUCGAUUUUCUAUUGGUAUAUUAUGCAAGAAGUAAAUUUCACAAUUCUAGACAAUCAGAAAUGAAACCAAAGGCAAUAAUCUUUUGAAUCACUGUCCAGGUUAUGAAGACCUGCAAGCACUGGCCUGCAAGCCUGAAAGUACCCUAAAAAUGAAGGAUGUAAUUGUAUGGUGUCUAAAGAUAAAGCCAAGGCGGAAAAUCACUAUUAGAAGUAUAUUGAAGUGAUUUACGAAAGCAUUUCUUUAAUAAAAGUUGAACUUGA